AUGGUAACCAAAGUGUAUGUCGGAAACCUUGGGGAUAAUGGAAAGAAAGAAGAAAUUCAGAGAGAGUUUGAGAAAUAUGGAAGACUUCGCGAUGUUUGGGUGGCUCGUAAUCCUCCAGGCUUUGCAUUUGUGGAAUUUGAGGAUGCACGUGAUGCUGAUGAUGCCAUAAAGGAUUUGGAUGGGAAGCACAUAUGUGGAGCUCGUGUAAGAGUUGAACUGUCCCGACACAAAGGAGGUGGUCGCAGUCGAGGUGGAGGUGGAGGAGGCUACCGUGGAGGGGGAGGUCGCCGUUUUGAAGAAAGAGGUGGCUUUGGUCGUUAUGAUGACAGGUCCAGGUCACCCUAUCGGUAGGUUUUGUUUUAUUUUUCAGUGUGCUCUAUGAAUUAUUAGAUUGAAUCCAUUGGUUUAAUGGGCAAUAGUAUUAGCUAGAUUUAAAGAGGAAGGAAAAAUCAGGCUGUUGUUUUGCUUGUAAUUCUGCAAUCAGUUUGCCAUAUUUAAACUAAGCUAAUCAUUUACAAUUUGUACCUGUGUACAAUCUGACACAAGCACCUUUAUAUGUAAUCUACAGUUUUUGUUUUUCAGUUAUCUCCGAUCAUUAGAGAAUAUGUUAUAGCUCUCCAUAGUGUACUCCAUUAUUGUAGCCAAUGAAUUAACUGUAGUAUGUUCUUUUAUGUGUUUCAUGCCAAAUACAUGUAACUGUUUGGGUUGUUCUUUAGGUUCAUCCACUAACCUCGUCUUCGCAUCUUUACCACAUUUUUAUGGUGGCAAGCUCAACAAAGUGUGGUGCCUAAGAGCACCUUUGUUCUCCAUUCAAAAUACCAGUACACAGGAUGUUCAACAAAACAUCAACAUUUUGUCCAGCAGAUUGUUCACUUCCUUCAAUCAACCUCCAAAUUCUGCCCUCGUCCAUCUGCCACCAACCAAUUCAACUCGACCUCCCUCUCUCUUUAAAUUCACCACACUCUGCUUUUGUGCACUCGGAU